CUGACAACACAUACGCGUUAAAGAAGUUUCUGAUACAGACCAAGGAGCAGCUGCUGCUGGUGAAGGCCGAAAUCGACGUCGCAUCAAAACUCGAUCACCCCAGCUUGCUCCCUUUAGUGGAGCAUGCUAUAGUUUCAUCCAAGCAGCAGCAGGGCACCAAGGAGGCAUAUCUCGUCUUCCCAGUCUACAGGGACGGCACCAUUCAAGACCAUGUCGGGUGGAUGGCUCAGCCCAAGGGGUCGCAGCCCGUUAGAGGCCACCGCUUCUCACCACUUCAAGUGCUCUCCAUUAUCAGCCAGGUUGCCUCCGGCCUUGCACACAUGCAUGCAUGUUCGCCCCCUCUAGCCCACAACGACGUCAAGCCAGGGAACAUUCUCAUAGCCUUUGGGGGAGGGCACGGGGCCACAGGGGGGAUAGGUAAAGGUGGUGGGGAUGGUAUCUGCAUGACAGGUGUAGCAGAGAGGGAUGAUGCUUUUGUAUCGGGUAUAGGCAGUAGUGCUGGUGGUGGUUCUCCUGGUGCCGGUGGUAGUGGUGGCGGUGGUGCCUUUCCUGCAUUUCCCUCUGCUGCUGCUGAUGGUGCUGCUGCGGGAGGAGAAGCGGGAAAGGCUAACCAAGGUGGGCGGAACGGGGGGGGAGAAGCAGCAGGAGUAGUAGGAGGAGCAGCAGGAGGCGAGGGAGCAGGGGAGAGAGCAGGGGAGGGAGCAGGGGAGGGAGUGCCGUUGGAGCGGUUACCAACGGCAUCGGCAUCGGAUGUUGCCGUGGCGAUUAUGGACUUCGGCUCCACCACGCCUGCCAGGAGGCACAUCACCUCUCGCAACCAAGCCCUGUCGUUGCAGGUAAGUGAGGGCUCUCACUGCCUAUCACCUCUUCUCACCGCUUCUCACCACAUGGGAUGUGCCGGUGGCGAGUAUGGACUUCGGCUCCACCACGCCUGCCAGGAGGCACAUCACCUCUCGCAACCAAGCCCUGCCGUUGCAGCAUCGGCAUCAGAUGUUGCGGUGGUGAUUAUGGACUUUGGCUUCACCACGCCUGCCAGGAGACACAUCACCUCGCGCAACCAGGCCUUGUCCUUGCAGGAAUGGGCGGCGCAGCACUGUUCAGCGGCGUACCGAGCACCGGAGUUUUGGGACUGCCCGAGUGAGAUGGAGAUCGAUGAGAGGAGUGACGUGUGGUCGCUGGGAUGCACUCUCUAUGCCACCAUGUAUGGGCAGUCCCCUUUCGAGUUCUCCCUAGGGGAAUCAGGAGGCAGCCUGCAGCUCGCAGUUAUGAGCGGAACCAUCAAAUGGCCCCACCCGCCCCUCCCCGCCUCCUCCUCCUCUCCCUCCCCUGCUCUAAUGGACGCUCCUGGUUCGUCUGGAGGUGACUUUUCUGGUUUCUCUGCUGCGGGGGGAGCGGGAGGGGAGGUGGUGGGGUACCCCGCGCCGUUCCAUAGGCUGGUGGAGUGGAUGCUGCAGCAGGAUGUGAAGCAACGCCCGACGGCCGCACAGGUGGUGGAGAAAAUUGAGCAUAUGAUUGCUACACUACCACCUUCGCUUCAAUGA